CCGGCCACAGAAAAUUAGGAUGCUCUUUUUAGCUCCUUUUUUGAAAUAUCAACAAUACAAAGGGUUUCUUCGUCUUAUGGUCUUGAUUUUGCGCACUCUAUGGUUCUUUUGCCAGGUUUAAAAACUGUCUAUCUGGUUGGAAAUUUGAGCAAGAAUACACCACCAUCUUAUACAAGUGGACCUGCUGACACACCUAAAAAAGCGUACCCUCAAUCUAGCAACCUAGUAGGUACAGUUGAUGUUGAGUAUAAAUCUAAAGAUGAUGCAACUGAUAAAGCUCGAAUUUUGGAAACCGAGGACGCAGAAAGAAAGAAAAGUCAAUUACAAUGCGCAAAUACAGAUUAUAAAGACAGCUUUAUCAAAGGCUCGACAAGAACUUUAUCAGACAAGGAAAUUUUUGAAUCGGCUAUCAACUUCAAGCAAAAGAUCAGUAACAACCAAAGAAUCAAGAUUACCCGGGAAAAUUAUUUGUGUCACGAAAAAGUCAAAAUCAUUGUUCUUGAUGGCAGGCUUACUUUGAAUGAUUCAACUUUCUCAGUAACCGACAACGGCAUAACUACAAUGACAGAAACAUCACAAUUCAAAGUUGAUCACUUCAAGUUUCCUCUGGACCUACAAAAUCGAUACUCUAUAUUAAGCGGUUCAAAGAUGAUCCUGAUAUUGGUUCAUUGGACCAAAGCUCUUUUCAGUAUUGAACAUUCAUUUUAGUUUGAGAGAUGGGAGAACCCCCAGUUAUCUUUUCUAGACUAAAAAAAAAAA